UCACAAAAAAAUGUUGGACAAAAUUUUGCUUUCAAAAAGGACUUUAGUUUCAAAUAUUUUAAUUCGUAAUUAUGCUUCAACAACUACUCCAGUUGUUGAACCAAAACAAAAAAAGGGUCUGAGCUAUUAUUUGGAAUUCUUCAACGACACAAAGCCUUUGGAUCAGUCUGGGACGAUUCUUGCAAAUAUUGGGAAGAAAUUGCAUCAUGAGCCGUUGCCUAGCCUUCCAAAGGAUUUUAAGGAAUUUCCGGAGCGGGAUUUGGUCAAUUUUCCGUAUCCGGAAAUGCAACUGUAUCCUGCUAAGAAUAGAUUUGUUCUUAUUCCUGAUAGUUGGUGCAAAGCUAUCGAGAAAGUGACGGGGACUUCUGGUCCAUACAUGACAAUUUUCACAAUCGCCGCAUUUUUUGUCAACAAAGAAAUUUUUUGUUUUGAUGAGCAUGGAGUGCCAUUACUUUAUAUUUUCAUUCCCAUGUAUUUGUUUUUGAAGCAUUGUUUUGGAUGUUUUUUUAAAUUUAAAUUAAUUUUUACAAAAUUCUUUUCAGACAAACUUGAGAAAAAUUAUUAUGAAUGGUAUAAAAAUCAAAUGGAUGAGAGAAAAGACUUUAUUAAGAGUGAAUUGAAGGAAGCUGUUGAUUUUAGAAAGUUUUCAAAAGAACAAUCGGAUUCAUUCAAAGCAACCCAAGAAAAUUUCCCAACAAUUUUGCGUGAAAAUUUGGCUCUCCAAUUAGAGUCUGCUUAUCGUAAAAAUGCUGAAUAUGCUUGGGUUGAGCUUAAAAGACGCUUAGAUUAUUUGAAGGAAGUUCAGGAGACUAAAGAGCGUUUUGCUAAAGAAGUUUAUUUGAAGACUAUUACCGAAGGGGUUCGUAAAAUGAUCGAAAUGAACGAGGGAAACAUUCGAGAAAAAUAUAUGGAUCAGUGUAUUGAAAAUUUGAAGCUUUUAACGAAAUAGGUGAUUGAAGGGAGGAGAGGAUAUAUAAUUUUUUGAUAGGUUAAAAGAGACAAGUUAAUUUUAAAAUUAUAUAGUGUUUUUUGUUUUGUGUAUGUUAAAUUGGUUUCAUUAAAAAAUUAAAUUUUCGGCACUUUAAUCCGAUUUGUUUUUGUUGGAACUUUUGUUUUGGGAUAAGGCUAUCUUUUUAAUUUUGGAACCAAAGGCAUACGGCCCCAACAAGUCUAAAAAUGUAAGUGAGGUAAAACUAAUUAAAUAAGUCCUGGAGAAUUUUUGAUCUUGGACGUUUCUUGUACGCAAAUUACACAGGUUUGAUGUGCUGUGA